AUGUCUUCGCCACCCGAUGACCCCAACGCUCUGGGUAGAAGAUCCAUCUUUUACGAGCCACAGUGGAACCCGUCGGGAAAAGCACCCAAAGGAUUCAAGAAUGUACCAUAUCCAUUGAAAAACCCUAAGGACUAUCCCUCGGAUCCCAGGGCGGAAAAGAUCCCACUACCUGAAGGACCACCACCGAAAUACUACAAGAGAAAAACAACAGCAAUAGAAGCUCCAGAAGAAAGAAGAGACUUGUACAAGGAAACGCUCCAGUUUGUGCCACGUACGAUAGCAUCAACGCAGAAACCUAAAACUCCAUAG